GAAAGUGGGAGCUGUCCGUGGCUCUCAGGCUCCGACAUCGUCCCUCUAAGAUGUGGCACCUCAAACUCUUUGCAGUGCUCAUGAUCUGCCUGUUGCUGUUGGGCCAGGUAGAUGGCUCCCCAGUACCAGAGCUGAGCUCAGCAAAGAGGCGGCCACAGAGAAUGACCCCGUUUUGGAGAGGGGUCUCCCUCAGGCCCAUUGGAGCCUCGUGUCGGGACAAUGCUGAGUGUGUCACAAGGCUAUGCAGAAAAAGACGCUGCUCCCUGAGUGUGGCCCAGGAAUGAUGUCCACUCUAGGGGAAGAGAGGACAGCAGUCACCUCUGACAAUGCUCCGUUCUAUGGAAUGUUGACUAACUAUGUUCUGGCUGGAGAUGUCCAAGUGAAGCAACCUUGUGUUUUUAAUAUUUAAAGACAGAUGCUUUAAACUGGUCUCCAUUUCUUCUUAGAAUGCUGACAUAUGGAUGAACAUAACUAACCUUUACAAUUUAGAGUUUAUUUUUCUAUGGAUACUAUUAAAUGUCUCGUCGAAACUUUG